AGGCGGCCGCUCCCCUUCCCGCUGUCUUCCCGGUGCUGGCAGGGGAAGGCUGCAAGAGGGACGGGCAGGAGGAAGAGGAGGAGGAAUAAUGAAGCUGACCCGGCACUCUGUUCUGAGAUUAUUUGGAUUCCUGUUGACAUCCUUGGCUGCUUGGUAUUUGGGAUACUUUCUUGCUGUUCAUGUACCCCAAAAUACCGUAUCUAUUGCUGCACUUCAAGAGAUUGGAAAGAAACCAGUGUUGAGGCCCCCAGCCCCCAGAAGGCAGAAGUGUGGCCUCUGGGCUCCCUGCCCACCUGGGAACUUUGUCUAUCGCAUCCUCAGUGGUGGUGGCAAACAGAGGAGGCCUAAAAUUUGUUUUGAGGAUGAGGAGUUUAUAAAUGAAGACAAUUAUGAAGUUAGAAGUGGUAUAAACAUUGCCAUUGUGAAUUAUAAAACAGGAAAACUCAUUUCGACAAAAUUUUUUGAAAUGUGGGGAAGAGACCACUCAGGGGAGAUGAUGGAUUUCAUCAGGAAAGCACCCGAAGGGACCCUCCUUCUGAUGGCCACUCACGAUGAUGGCAGCACCAGGUUGAAAGAUGACGCCAAAAAAUUAGUGGAAGAACUGGGAAGUAGAGAAAUAAAGAAUAUAAAGUUCAGAUCAAGUUGGGUUUUUAUAGCUGCCAAAGGCUUCACUCUGCCAGAUUAUAUCCAAAAAGAAAAGAUAAACCACUCUGACCAGACAAAGAACAGAUACCAAGGCUGGCCAGCUGAAAUCCAAAUAGAGGGCUGUAUCCCAAGAGACCUGAUCUGAACAAAUGCAUACCUCAUUAAUAAAGACAAUUCUAUAUUUUUAUACCUAUGACUGUAAUGCAUUGCCUCCAGAACUCAAUAAGCAUAUGAACACCAAUUGUACAACAAGUCAAAUGCACAGUUUUUAAACUAUCUUUGCUCUCUGUGGUUUUAUUCUAAUCUGAAAACAAACAGGUAUUUUGAUAAGAAGU